AUGGAUGUUUUUCAAGACUUUGGUAUAAAUUUGCAUCAAAUUUUAACAAUUACUACGGAUAAUGCUGCUAACAUGAUUAAAAGUGUAGCAGACUUGAAUCAAGAAUUAAAUGAGGAGCAAGCAGUAGAAAGUGACGAAGAGCAAAAUGUGGAUCACUUAGAAUUAAUGCCUUCAGAUCUUGUAUCAUCUGGAGUUCAGUCUAUAAGAUGUGGGGCUCACACCAUACAACUUUGCGUAAACGACGUUAUAAAAACGGAAAGUAUUAAACAAAACAUUGACACAUGCCGCUCUGUGUCAAAAAAAUUAAGGACUACUUAUUAUCGGAGUAUGCUGAAGAAUGGAGGCCAUAAAGCAGCAUUUAUUGACUGCAUAACGAGAUGGAAUUCUACAUACAAAAUGAUAGAGAGACUACUUUUAUUAAAAUCAAUCAUCACCUCACUCGGGAAUAUAAAUGCUGAACUAUAUUUGACCGAAAACAGCUGGACAUUUAUGACGGAACUUGUUUCUGCUCUAAAACCAUUUUAUACUGCAACUUUAAAAUUACAGUCUGGAAAGUUAUGUUUUAGCGAUUUAUUUAUAAUACUAAUGGAUCUUGAUUUUGAAGUACAGAAUUUGCCGGAAAAUGAAUUGAAGGUUAUGUUUCUGCAAGCUUUAAAUAAAAGAAAGACCGCACUACUCGAAGGAGAUCUCUUUACGGCAGCUAUAUAUUUGGAUCCCAGAAUUCGUAUUUCUUUAAGUGCUUCUCAAAUAGUAACAGCCAAGAAGUGCAUAGAGUCACUAUAUAAACGAAUUCAGUGUUUAAAAGAUAGGACCUAUGAACACAAGUUCAUAGACACAUGUCCUUGUGAUGAUAAUGAUAAACCAUUUCCAUAA